GUUCUCAUCGUCGAGGACAACCUGAUGAACCAGAAGGUGGCGAAGGUUGUCGUGAAGCACUGCGGGAUGACGGCGGAUGUCGCCAACAACGGCGCGGAGGCUGUCGAGAUUAUGAAGGGCGGCGGGCUGUACGACGUCAUCCUGAUGGAUAUUCAGAUGCCGGUGAUGGACGGCCUGGAGGCGACGCAGCGGAUCCGCGAGAUGGAGGCGACGGGUACCAUCGCCAAGGGCAACUACAUCGUCGCCACGUCCGCCAACGCCACCGCGGAGAACCACCGCGAAGGGUACGAGGCUGGCAUGGACGAGUACAUCACCAAGCCAAUCUACCCGAGCAAGCUGAAGGAGCUCCUGGCGAAGCCGAAGCGUAUGCAGACCGUGCUGGAGUUCGACGACGGCGCGGACGGGGACGCCGAAGUUACCUCGCUCAUAGGGCGAAACGGUUCGGGUUGA